UUUAAAUAUUCUUUAAAAUGUCGUAAAAGAAAGCUUAAAUUCAAGUGGAGUAUGCAAUUCUACUAAUUUAGAUAAAAAGUGCCUGAGAGUAUUGUGAAGAAAACAUAAAGAGAUUCAAAAUUAAGAGACCUCGUUGUCAAAAGAAGAGCAGAGAGAUUGGGAUAGAACAAAGUUAGAAGAGCUUAAUUGGAGAAGAGUGCCCAAGCUUAUGAAGCAGAAUACAAGGCAUCAGAAAAGGGUUUAGUUGAUAGCAUUCGUAAGGCAAAGAGUGAAGGAGGAUUUUAUGUUCCAGCUGAGGCUAAGUUGAUGCUUGUCAUUAGAAUUAGAGGGUAUGAAAAAUGAGGAUUAAUUUUAGUAUCAACACAUUGAACCCAUAGGUGAGACAAACACUAAGACUUUUGAAAUUGAGAUAAUUGCAUAAUGCUGCAUUUGUUAGAAUCAAUAAAGCAACCAUUGAGAUGAUCAGAAAAGUAGAGCCAUAUAUCACUUAUGGAUAUCCAUCAAGGACAGUCAUCAAGAAUUUGAUUUACAAGAGAGGAUAUGCCAAAGUGAAUGGUCAAAGAAUUCCAUUGACAUCCAACAACAUAAUUGAUUAAUAACUUGGAAAAUUAGGUAUUCACGGCAUUGAAGAUCUUAUCCAUGAAAUCACAACAGUGGGACCACAUUUCAAAGAAGCAAACAGAUUUUUGUGGUAUGAAAAUGAAGCUAUCAACACAAUAGGGCAUUCAAAUUGAGAGGACCAAGAGGAGGGUUCAUAGCCAAGAGAAGAUCAUUCAUCAACCAAGGAGAUUGGGGAAACAGAGAAGAUCUUAUCAAUGAUCUAGCCAAAAGAAUGAUCUGACGAUUGAGUAGAUUAAUAUCUAUACAGUAUAAUAAAC